AUGGGCGCUUGCUUGUCUGCCGAGCAGGCAACAGACACGCCCGAGUACAAGAAGAGCAGAGUACUCGAUCGACAAAUCAAAGAGGAUGAAAAGAAUAUUUCGAGAGAAGUCAAGCUGCUCCUCUUGGGUGCAGGAGAGAGUGGCAAAUCCACCAUCCUCAAAUCCAUGCGCAUCAUCCACCACAUUCCCUUCACCGACGAGGAACGCGAGAAUUUCAGGAGACUCGUCUUCCUCAACCUUGUUCAAGGGAUGAAGACCAUCCUCGACGUCAUGGAGGAGUGGGCCGUCGAUUUCCAAGAUGCCAACAACGUCGAGCAUCUCGCGCUCUUCAUCACCUACCCGGAUAUCUCGGAAGACGAGCCCUUUCCCAGCAACUACCUCUUCGCCCUCAAGGAUCUCUGGCUCGACGCAGGCGUCCAGUCGGUCUACCGAAGGGGUAACGAAGCUGCUGUACCGGACAACAUGUCGUACUACUAUUCCGACAUCGAUCGCCUGUUCAGCCCCUCCUACACUCCCACCGAGUCCGACAUCUUGCGGUGUCGCAACAAGACCACAGGCAUCAUCGAAACCACCUUCCCACUGCGUGACCGCGUCUACCGCAUCUUUGACGUCGGCGGCCAGAGAUCCGAGCGGAAAAAGUGGAUUCACUGCUUUGAAAACGUCACCGCCGUCCUCUUUUGUGUGGCGCUUUCAGGCUACGACUCGUGCUUGGUCGAAGACAAGGACUCAAACCAGAUGCAGGAAGCCUUGAUGCUGUUUGACUCGAUCUGCAACUCCAAGUGGUUUACGCGCACCUCGAUGAUCCUCUUCCUCAACAAGGUCGAUGUGUUUAGGCAGAAAAUUGCAUACUCGAGCAUCAAGCACUACUUUCCGGAUUACGAUGGCCACGACCAGGACUUCAAUGCGGCGAGGAGUUACUUUAAGGCGAGGUUCUGCAGGUUGAACAAGAGCCCGACCAAGGAAAUUUAUCCGAGCUUUACCAAUGCUACCGAUGUCUCGCUCUUGAAGAUCGUCAUGGCCAGUGUAACGGACAUCAUUUUGACCAACAACUUGAGGGAUAUUGUGCUGUGA